AUGGAAGAUCGACGAAAAAUGUCGCUCGUCAAAAUGUCAAUUCGAAUAUUUGGGAACUGGUUGAACGCAAAUCUCGUUUGCUUAAAGAAUCGGUACGCGCAUACCGACUUACCGGAACCGGAUUUUGAAGAAUAUCGCCGGAAAAAUAUCCAAGAACCGAAUGUAUCGGCAAGACGAAGCAACGAUGAACGGAAAAUGGCGACUUACGCGGCGUCUUUCGUUGCUAGUGUCGCAGCCCUAUACACAAUGAAAUCUCACAUGUUACAUUGUGUGGUGUUCAUGGCUGCAUCACGAGACAUACUAGCAGAAGCGCAAAUCGAAAUUAGUUUGCAGAAUAUAACGUUAGGAAAAGUUUCGAUUUUCAAAUGGCGAGGAAAACCAAUUUUCGUCUACCAUCGUCCUCAAUCCAUCAUAGAACAAGAAAAGCUCGUGAAUGUCACGCAAUUAAGAGAUCCCGAAAGUGACGACGAAAGAGCAAAAAGACAAGAAUGGUUGAUCGUUAUUGGGAUUUGUACUCAUCUUGGUUGUAUUCCGAUUCCUAAUGCUGGUAAUAUACCCGGUGGAUUUUAUUGUCCAUGCCAUGGAUCACACUUCGACGGGGCUGGACGCAUACGUCAGGGACCAGCGCCUACAAAUUUGGAAAUACCCAAAUACGAAUUUCUUGAUGAUACUACGGUUCUGAUUGGUUGAUUUGUCAAAAAUAAAAAUAAUGCACAUACGUUUGCUGGACAAAACAGAAUAGUCGAUUCGAGAUAUUAUUUUCUUUAUAUCUUCAUUGUUAUUGUUAUUAUUGUCGGCAAUGAUUUUUGUCAAAUACGAAAGAAACAACGUUUCAUCGCAGACGAGGUGUACGAGUAGACCUUUCACGUUAUGGACUUUCGCGGCCGAAUCUGACUGCCAUACCGACCUGAAAAUUCGGAGGUGAUUUUAACGUCCUCUUCUCAUGGAUGGCGGUCAGUUGAGAAAGUAUUCACUGAAUUAGUAUUGAUAGGCAAACAGCUGUAGUUUUGCGUAAAUCCAUGUGAGUUGACUAUGAAAGGGAUU